AUGCUACAGCUGACCGACCUGCGAUUGUCUGAUCACGCUCAACUUGUCGUCGGCGCAACUUGUUUAUGUAUAAUAGCUUUGAUUUCUCGUGCCUACCUUUCUAGUACAGAGAGCAGCCUCUCCUUUCCUCCGUCCCCUCUCACGUGGAGACUUCGCGGCCAUCUCAUACCUACUCGCAACGGAUUUCUGACUGUAGCGUCAUGGAUUGAAGAGUAUGGUCCUCUCAUCACCCUACGCACAGGAAUCGAGAAGUACAUUGUUAUUGGCCGAUAUAAAGCUGCAGCUGAGAUUAUGGAGAAACAAGGCGCAUCGCUGGUCGAUCGUCCUCGUUUCAUUGCUGCUGGAGAGUUGCUUAGCGGGGGAAUGGCUAUUCCCUUUGUUCCCGCUGGCGAGAGGUUUCGUCGGCUGCGCAGGCUCGUCCCAAAAGCAGCUGAAGCAUAUCAACCGCUCCAGAUCUCAUACGCAAAGAAUACUGUCAUUGACAUUCUUAAUGAUCCAUGCAAUUUCCAGGAUCAUGCGCGAACUUACGCAGCCACAACGAGCAUGAAAAUUGCAUAUGGGAAGACUACCCCUACAUCUGCCACAGAUCCCGAAGUGAAAAGGGUUGCUGAGUUUGCCGAUAAAGUCCGCGCUGCAUUGCACCCUGGCGCGUACCUUGUAGAUUCGAUUACGUGGCUGAAAUACCUUCCUUGGUAUGCGCGAGAACUACGUGACAGCUAUCGGGAUUCGCGGAAGCUCUUCAUAGAGCAACUCGGUCGUCUCAAACAGGAGUUAGGAGGUGGCGAAGCUAGUCCUUCGCUUGGAAGACGUCUCUUGGAAAAGAACAGUUCUAACGCAAUGCCUGAGCUGGAGAUAGCUUACCUUGCUGGUAUGGUCUUUGUAGCUGGAUAUGAUACGACUACUCUCGCGAUAUGUACAGUACUAAUGGCAGCUGCCUGUUUCCCUGAGGAACAACGUAAGGUUCAUGAAGAGCUGGACGCGGUCAUCGGGACCGACAGAGCUCCCGCAUUCACUGACAAGAAAUCACUUCCUCGCUUUCAUGCCUUCGUUUCGGAGGCCCUGCGAUGGAGGCCGUUGUUCACCUGCUUGAAGAAGCUACAUCUAACGGUACAAACAGGAAGAUUAUCGUAUUCCAGCCGGGACAACGAUAUUUGGCAAUCACUGGUCAGAGCCCUCCUUUCGAAUUUGAUUGAUCUGAUAUGUAGCCGUUUCAGGGCCAUCUCUCGCGAUCCAGAUGUCUUCCCGGACCCUAACGCAUUCAAGCCUGAUCGUUGGCUUGAUACCGAAGGGCGCGUGAGAGAUGACCUCAAGUUCUUUGUAUUCGGCUUUGGUCGGCGAGUGUGUCCCGGACAACAUGUUGCAAAUAGCUCGGUGUUCAUAAACACGGUGCUUACCCUUUGGGCCUUCCGGCUCACGUUGGAUCGUACGAAGCCGUUGGAUGAUGCGGCUUUCAUGAAUGGCAUUCUCCCGAAUGAGCAGCCAUGUACGAUUGAUUUUCAGACGAGAAUUCCGGAAGCUGAGCUCAGGCGUAUAAUGGGAGGGACGUUGGGGACACUUGAGUCUGAAGUAUGGCUCCGUAGUAGCCAGAGCCACGCUGGUGAUGAACAACACCGCAGAAGCCAAAUUACCGCUCUCGCCUCGAAGUACAUUGUUAUUUAUGUACCAGUUAUGAAGGAGUGUGGCGUCUGCGCAUGCGUUGCCACCAAUGCUAGAAACUCUGUGAUCCCAUUUCAUUGA